AUGUCGGCCGUCUCGGUCACCAAAGGAUCUAUCAAGCUAGCUAGCUUAGUCUUCAAGCCAUUCUCCCUUUCCACCAAGGCUCCAGGUGUUGUUAUUAUCCACCCCACUGGAGGCGUGAAGGAGCAGACUGCCAGCGAGUUGGAGGGGUUGCCUCGUUAUCUUGAGAACCCAGCAGCAAGAGUGACGGGUGCAUCUGCUGUGGCGGACUUCCUUCAACAACUCUAUUACGUCGACGCCAACCGCAUUGGCAUCGUCAGAAUUUGUAGAGGGGGUGGAUAUGCCAUUGCCGCUGCUAAAGGCGACCACCGCUUCAAGGCCGUCGCCGUUAUCAGCGCUGUCAGCAUGGGUCACGGUGUCCGCCUCAGAAAUGAUAGUAACCACGACCCAGCCGAGAAAGUUGCUGUGUUAGACCAAGUCUCCCAGGCCUUGCAGGCUGAGGCGAAAGGAUGUGAAGCAGUCACUGUUCCAAUCGUGCCACCUGUCUUGGACGCCAACGCAACAAAAGAAGCUCGAGACAUCGACGAAUUCUACUUAACGCCACGGCCUGUACUUAUAGUCGCGGGUGAGAAAGCAACGACGUGGCACUCGGAGAAGCUCUUCAAGGUCCUCGCUGGCAAGAAUAAGGAUCUCAAGAAGGUCAUUAUGCCUAAUGGUGGGCAUAUCGACUUCUACGAUCUGGAGGACUAUGUGAAUCCCGCGGUUGCGGAGAUGGCCGAUUUCUUCAAGUCCAGGGUUUAA